AUGAAAAGGCUGGUGUCAAAAGAGGCAGUGACGCUUGGCGCCGCCGUCGCCAAGGUUAAAGCCAUCGCUUCUUCCUUCGUCAUCGUCUAUAACAGCGACGACCUUGUUGAUGCUCACUGGUGUUCAUCCCACGACGCUGUGAACGGCACACGUUCCAAUACUAGGGCACAUUCCCCAGCGGCCCACUAUCGGCCAUCACCAGGGGCCCCAAUUUUCUUACCGCCAUCGCAUUAUGCUGCAGCUGGAGGCUUCACUUUUCCCAGUAGACAUGCCCAGCAGUCUAGCGCGGAAAGCGAUGGAAUAUAUCGUCCUGUAGAGGUACCCUCGUCGCCCGACGUUUACAUCCAAGUUUCGCAGCCAGACCCGGAUUCAUCUGUCGACCAGAUGAUGAACUUGCCGUUGGUCGAGACACGUCUGCUACCGUCGUUACGAGACACCAUCGAUAAAAUGACACGUCCGCCGUCGCGAGCAGCGAACACCCAUGCAGCAUCAUCUCCCCCCAGCAUUCUGUCAAGAGCUAUCAUGUCGACUGGGCGUCUUUAA